UAAAACCUAUUCAGAUAUUUUAGGGAUUAGAAAAAUAGACAGUAAAAAUGGUGGAACCAAAGAGAAAAAUGGUGAAUUAUAAACGGAAAUAUAUCAGAUUGAAAAGAUUGGUGAAGGAACAAGUAUUCAUAAAUGCUGCGUUGUAUGAUGAGAUAGGUCACAUGGAACAGCAAUUCAUUCGAUCAAAAUCAGAAAGAAAGUAUUUGUUGAAGAGAUUAUUUCAAUACCUUCCAAUGACUGAAUCACAAGUUCUACAAAGUACACAAGCAUUGAAAUCUUUGGAGAGCACGUUUCCUGGCAAAAUACCUCAAUCAAUAUUAAGUCCUGUUCAACCAGGUGUAGAACAAACUGUUGUGUCAAUAAAGAAAAAGAAGAAAUCUACUAUAUCACCUUUAGUAAGUUCAGCAAAGUCGUCACUCUCCUUGAAAAAAUCAGAGGAGGAUAAGAAGGGAGAAGCUGAUAAACCUAAAAGAAAGAAACCUGGAACUGCGAAGAAAAAAGUGCUGUCCAUACAUCUAAAUGAUUUAGGUGUUCCAUUGUUUCCAAUUACGCUCGGUACUUUGACUGUAUAUGAUCUUGGAGAGGUCGUCUCAGACAGGCCAGGGUUUCACUCUGAACGUUAUAUAUGGCCAGUGGGUUAUUGUAGUACAAGAUUAUAUCCAAGUAUGUUAGAUCCAGACCGUCGCAUACAAUAUUUUUGUUACAUUAAAGAUGGCGGUUCGGACCCCCUGUUUGAAAUCAUCGCGGAAGACGAACCAGAAACUCAGAUAACAGCUGUCACGGCUACCGCAUGUCAUUGUAUCGUGUUGAAACGUUUAAACAAAGCACGGGGUAAAGAUGCCACCAACACGGGUUCCGGUCCUGAAUUCUUCGGCUUCUCACACUCAAGUAUUCAGUAUUUAAUCCAAUGUUUACCUGGAGCUGACAAAUGUGAAAGAUACAACACGGUGAAGUUUGAACUUCCUCAGUCAGGCAGUUCGUCGACAAACGUGAUCUGUGACGAUAAUGUACCAAAUAUGGAGUUAUACGACCGAAGCAAACUCGAGCUACCUGAACCAAGAAGAAGAAUGGAUAUUGACUAGGUUGUCACGUGACCUUAAGAUCUCAAAGAGGGGGAAACUUGUUAUUGAAAAGUGUAAAAAAGCUAAUAUAGUUUUCAAGCUUAAAUCGUAAUCCGGA